AUGCAAGGCCUUCGCGACCUUACCCAGUGUCCGCAAUUUUAUACGGGAGGGAUAUUUGAGGGAAGAACACUGCCUGUUCCAGUGUCUUGCUUAGUUUGUGGAGACAAAUCUUACGGCAAACACUAUGGAGUCUUUUGCUGUGAUGGAUGCAGUUGCUUUUUCAAAAGAAGUAUCAGGAGGGGAAUAGUGUACAGUUGCAUAGCUGGAACUGGAAAUUGUGUCGUCGAUAAAGCACGGAGAAAUUGGUGUCCUUUCUGCCGUCUACAAAAGUGUUUUCGAGUGAACAUGAAUAGAAAUGCCGUUCAAGAAGAAAGGGGACCAAGAAACAAUAAAAAAGUGAACAAAGAAUGCCUAGAUGUAUCUAGCAACCAUCUAGUAAACGAAUCAACUUCAAGAAAUUCGCACAAUAUGAGCAGGUCGGUGGAAGUUUUUUCCAGAAGUGAAGCGCCAGCGAGUGCUUUUAGGCCAGUGUUUCCAGGACCCAGGUUUGCAGCUGCCACCCCCUUUCCCCUACACACUCGAUACAUGAUUGGUUGCAGCGUUCCACCUGAAGCAGGCAUGGUGUUUCGACAAAUAGCAGCCCAUAUUCUGUUAGUGAGUUUCCGAAGAGCCCGAAGUAACGAUCUGUUCUGCUCUUUGCCACCUGUUGAUCAGUCUGUCAUCUUACAGGAUGUCUGGGGGGAAUUAUUUCUUCUACAAGCUGCUUAUUGGCCAGUUGAUAUCUUAGUGGUGGCAAAGCAUAUCGAAGAGGAAGGAAAGGUCCUUCCUAGACGAGUAGUCUCAGCCAUCAUGGAAUGCAGGCAGUUACAGCUUGAUUUGCUGGAGAGAUCAUUGCUGGAAACCAUCAUUUUAGCCAGAAAAGACUGCUGCAAGCCCCUUGUUGCCACAGGACAUGUGGAUUUGAUUUUAGAACAAGCACAAACCAGAUUAGAACAGCAUAUGCUUCGUGUGCGAACGAAAGAAACAGGAGCUUUUGGCCGAACACUUCUUGUUCUCCCUUCUUUGAGAUGCAUACCACAAAGAAUCCUCUUGGAAAACGUCAUCGGAUUAUCCGAAGACGACAUCAGCAGACUUUUCUAG